AACGCGGCUUCCGCUCGUACCCGUCCUGCACACAGCAUGCGCCCCCGAACUUUGUCCCGCGAAUAUCAUUAAAUAAUAUCUCUUAACUGAGUUGUAACCUCACAAGAACAAGAUAUAAGACAGGACGCGUUAAGGUGGAACUAUUCACAACUUCUUGUUUUCACACGGACCUGUGGUAUUCCCAGACAUGGCAACUUGCACGCGGACUGUGUGGAAAGUUUUAACAGGAUGUCAGCGGCAGCUGCUGAGAGCCGGCGGUCCAGCCUACACAGGCUCCUCACAGACUGCACCGAAGAAUCUACCUGUCAGGACUUACGCUGCUGUCAAGGCACUAAAGAAAGACAAGAAACAAGACGCAGCGAAGGACACGAAGAAAGAAAAGAGGGUCAUCGAUGACAAAGACAGACAUAAACCCUUUGGCAAGACAGCUUGGGUGCCAGUAGAUGACGUGUACAUUGUGAGGUACUUUCCCAGGACGACCUAUGGUGUAGAAGACGCCAUCGGCAUGCUAAAGAACUUUCAGAGGUUGGAUUUCACCCCUCACAAUCAGCCUGUCUACAUCGAUCUGAAGCUUAACAUGAAACUGGAGAAAAAGAAAAAAGUGGACCCCUUCGUCAGCACGAUCCACAUACCGCACCGCAUCAAGACAGAGAUGAACAAAGUUUUAGUUUUUACUGAGGAUCCUAAUCAGGUUAACGUUGCCCAGGAGAAUGGAGCUGCGUUUGCUGGAGGAGCAGAGCUCAUACAGGCGAUCUUAGAUGAUGAGAUUUCAGCAGACUUCUUUGUAGCAGUGCCAGAAAUGCUCCCAAAGCUUGUACCGCUGAAAAACAAACUGAGGAAGAGGUUUCCAAAGGGCAACAGAGGCUCAGUCGGCAUCAACAUUCCCAAGAUGUUGGCUUUGUUCAAAACAGGUCAUGAGUACAUGGUGGAGAGUGACUGCUUCAUCAGGACCCAGAUAGCAACGCUCGACAUGCCCAAAGAAAACAUCCUCGCCAACCUGCAAACUAUCCUGAUUGAUGUUUGCUCCCACCGACCAGCCAAUUUGGGUCCUUUCAUUGAGCGGGCGAUAAUCGCCAGUCAGACCAGUGAAGCUCUGUGGUUCAGGAGUGAAGACGUUUUACCGAAACCAGCAGAAGAGAAGGAGUGAACUAAUUCAGAUUGUAUAUAUUCACUGUAUUGAAUAAAGUAUUUGUUCUGAGUUUGGCUCCUGAA